AUGCUCAACAAGACUCUCUUCACUCUCACCACCGCCCUUCUCGCUAUCACCGUCUCCGUGACCGCCAAUCCCAUUCCCAACUCCGAAGGUGUCUGCAACACCGGCCCCGUCCAAUGCUGCGAAACCCGUUUCUCUGCCCAAUCUCGCGAGGCCAACCUCUUGACCUCGCUCCUCGGUCUUGACCUUGGUGGUAUCCUUGGCGAUAUUGCCUCUGGUUGCAGCCCGCUCAGCGUCGUCGGUGUUGGAGGUGGGACCAGGUGCUCUUCCGCGCCUGUUUGCUGCACCGACAACAAAUUCAACGGUCUCAUCAACGUCGGAUGUGUUCCUGUUACCGUUGGCUUGUGA